AUGCUCCGGUCCACGCACCCGCUCAGCCCCAGCAGCAGCAGCUCGGCCCCGGCGUCCAGCUCCGGCGAGACGAUGGUGGGGGGCGCGCCGAGCGGGGCGAAGCUGCUGCAGAUCCUGAACGUGCGCGUGGUGGGCACCGGCGAGCGCGUGGUGGUGCUGUCGCACGGCUUCGGCACGGACCAGUCGGCGUGGAGCCGCGUGCUGCCGUACCUCAUCCGUGAGCACCGCGUGGUGCUCUACGACCUCGUCUGCGCCGGCAGCGUCAACCCGGACCACUUCGACUUCCGCCGCUACAACAACCUGGACGCCUACGUGGACGACCUGAUCGGCAUCCUCGCCUCCAUCCGCCGCCCCGACCUCUUCGCCAAGCUCGUCCUCAUCGGCGCCUCGCCUAGGUUCUUGAACGACAGCGACUACCACGGCGGGUUCGAGCUGGAGGAGAUCCAGCAGGUGUUCCAGGCGAUGUCGGCCAACUACGAGGCGUGGGCCAAGGGGUACGCGCCGCUGGCGGUGGGCGCGGACGUGCCGGCGGCGGUGCAGGAGUUCAGCCGGACGCUGUUCAACAUGCGGCCGGACAUCUCGCUCCACGUCUGCCAGAGCGUGUUCAAGACGGACCUCCGCGGCGUGCUGGGCAUGGUGCAGGCGCCGUGCGUGGUGGUGCAGACCACCCGCGACGUCUCCGUGCCGGCCAACGUGGCGGCGUACCUCAGGGCCCACCUCGGCGGGCGCACCACCAUCGAGCCCCUGCCGACGGAGGGCCACCUCCCCCACCUCAGCGCCCCCAGCCUCCUCGCCCAGGUGCUCCGCCGCGCGCUCGCCCGGUUCUAG